UGAUGAAUUAAUCUAGCCUACAGUAAUAUUUAUGUAGUAUUUAAUGCCCUGCAGGUCGUUCGUCAGUGAACAAAAUCAGUCUGAAAUAAAAAAAAAAUCUUCCAGCGUCUAAAAGUUAUAGAAUAUUUUACUAUUUAAAAUUCAUAAUAAAAAAAUAAAUAAAAUAAAAAUGACAAAAUUUAAAAAGCUUAAGAUACAUGAAGCUGAAAAAAUUAACAAUCUAAUCGAUUAAGUUGAUCUGAGGUGGAUGGAUAGUUAAAUGUCUUUUAAAUAUCGUAAACUAUCCUUAAAAAUACAAUCAUAAAAUAUUAAAACAACUAAGAAAACAAUUUUUUUUUUUUUGAUGAAUCAAACUAGUCUACAGUAUCAUUUAUGUAGUAUUUAAAUGCCCUGCAGGUCGUUCAUCAGAGAGUAAAAUCAGUCUGAAAUAAAAAAAAAUCUUCCAGCGUCUUUAAGUUAAUUGACAUUACCUUGAUAAAUGUCUGUACGCAUAUUCACCCUCGGGUCGAGAAGGUUCAACAUUCCUCUGUGGACUUUAGGGAAGGGCCGUAAGGAGGGGGGGAGGAUAUAAAGACCCACCAGAGACUUCAGCAUCUGAGAGAGCAGCUUCCAGUCCCAGGUUGAAGUUUGAGAAGAUCGAAGAGCGACAACAUGAGCCACAGUCCAGAGAGGAUGUCUUCUUACCGCCGGCACUUCGAGGGAACCAUGGCCACCUCCAGUUCCUACAGGGUCCGGGUGUCCAGCCCCUCUCCCACCCGCAGGGAGACCCGACAUCGGUCUGCCAGCUUCAACAGGAGCGGAGGGUCAGUGGGGCGCAGGGCCAUCUCCAAUAAGAGCCGCAUGACCAGGUGAGCGGUAUAAAAGUGUUAUUACACGCUGUUUGGUAUUUUAACUCUUCAGCAGGAUGGAUAGACUUCAGAGAAUCUAUGAAGGCAACAAACUAAAACCUCUUUUCUGGUUCUGCCUGCAGCAGUGCGAGUAUGGGGACACUCUGUGUAGGGAUGUCGAUGGGAUUUGGGCCUAAACUGGAUCUGGAUGCCGCCUCAGCAGACAACCAGGCCUUUAUGAUGACCCGAACCAAUGAAAGACAGGAGAUGAUCGCCCUCAACGACCGCCUGGCAGCUUACAUCGAAAAGGCAAGAGGGGAAACCAAACAAAUAAUCAUCUUUUCAUUUCUUUUUGAAUAUGAUAUUAAUCAAAAUCAGUCGUGUUUGUGUGUUUUAUUUCUUCUUCUUGAAGGUGAGGAACCUGGAGUCGGAAAAUAAGCUGCUGGAGGCCGAGAUCGACGCCCUGAAGAGCCGUCAUGUGAGACCAUCAGGCCUGAGGCAGCUGUACGAGAGCCAGCUGAACGAUCUGAAGAGAGUCGCCGAGCAGAUGAGAGUCCAGAGGGUGAGGGAGGUCACGUCUCCUAUAACAUGAUUAUAUCUCUGUCUGUGUUGACUAAAACAAGAGCCAAAUGUGUGUCUUCUCUGUGCAGGAUCUGUCUUUGGAGGCCAAGGAGGCGAUGGCGGGUCAGCUGGACAUGCUCAAGUCCAAAUAUGAAGAAGCGGUGGAAGCUCGGAAGAAGACAGAGCAGGACAUCGAGAUUCUCCGUCCGGUGAGAAACUUUAGAAAACCUUCUGAUCAUUUUUAAAAACAUGUUUUUACGUGUUUUAAACUUCUGUGUCUGACAGGACGUGGAUAAAGCCACUUCUGCUCGGAUCGUUCUGGAGAAACAUCAGGAGCAGCUGGAGAUCGAGCUGGCGUUCCUGCAGAGAGUUCACAAGGAGGUAAAACAUGUUUGUCUGUCUGUGGACGACUGUGUGAGUCUGAGUCAGCAGCUGGUGACUGACAUGCCUUUCAUUUUAUCGUGAACGGUUUAAUGAGCCGGUAAUUAUCAUGACGGGUCAGACCUGAACUGAGACUCAUGAUGGAUCGAGAGUCAGAUUAAAAUACCAGGAGGAGUUUCUCACAUGUUGAGUUUAUUCUCUCAAUACUGUUUUUUCUGAUUGUCUGCAGGAAGUGGAGGAGCUGAUGCAGAGGAUUUAUUCUGCUACCUCCAAAGUGGAGUUGAGUUUUGGUCUCCCGGAUCUCUCCUCCGCUCUCAAAGAGAUUCAGUCUCAGUAUGACAGCAUCGCCGCCAAAAACCUGCAGGUAGAGAUCAGCUUCAUGUCCGUUUUGACUUCUCCAACGAGUCCAUGAUAUUCAACCUCAUAUCUUUGUGCAAAAAGUAAGAAACAACGAAGCGAAAGAUCCUCAAAAGUGAAGAUAAUCUUCUGAGUUCCUGUUUGGUCUCCAGGAAAUGGACGCUUGGUACAAAUCAAAGUUUCAGGACCUGAAUGACGCCUCUAACAAACACGCCCAAAGUGUCCGAAGUCUGAGGGAGCAAAUCGCAGCGUACAAGAAGGAUGUGAGUUUCAGAUCGAACCUUUUAUCACCCGAACAUCUGCUACUCUUCAGCUUAAAAAUAAAACCAGUGUCCGUCCGUGUUUAAGAUCCUCAACAAGCAGCGCGAGUUGGACGCUCUGCAGACCAGGAACGAGUUUUUGGAGAUUCAGGUCCGUGAAUCUUUUGAGAAACACAGAAAGAAGGAGGGAGACCUGGAGGUACGUGAAGCGAGUCGUUUCUUCACACCAAAGCGGCUCACAGACCUGAAAUUUAACUUCUCUGUCGUGUUUCAUCAGGAUCAUAUCAGCGCCGUGAAACUGGAUCUGAAGGUGACCAAGGAGAAGAUCACUCUGCUGCUGCGAGAAUAUCAGGAGCUGCUGAACGUCAAGAUGGCGAUGGAGCUUGAGAUCACCACCUACAGGUGAGGAGGGCGUCUACAGCUGCGUUUGUGUAAUGAAAUAAUAACUUUAAAGGGUUUUUGUUCCACUUCUCUCC